AUGAGCGAUCUCUUCGACUGGGAUAGAGAUGAUGAAGAUGAUGCGAAGCGAGAUUUCAAAGCAGCGAUGGUGAAACAAUUCAACGAUAUUUAUGGAACAGAUCCCGACAAUCUUGAGAAUUGGCAGAAGCUUUGUCAUGUUCUGAACAUCGAGCCAGCCCCUACAAGUUUGGAAGCAUGUCGCGAGACUGCGAACACUGGGCUGCCGGUUCAAGCGUUUAAGAACCUGAAGCAGCUACAGGAUUAUACUGUUGAGAACGGAAGGUUCUUCCCUAAGGAUAGCGCUUACCACGGCGGUUUACUCAGGUUCUUACUCCGCCAGAUUUUCCCAGAGAACAUUCGAGUUAUUGUACUCAGUCACGGCACUGGUUUUGUUGGACAAGGCUCGUAA